AUGGCCACGGAGUCUGGGUCAAGUGGCAUAGAUAACGAGGCACUGAUUUCGAAACUAUUGCGGCCGCUUUUGAAAGAAAUGGGCCGCCCUGCGGGAGACACCGCAUCAUACUUAACUACUUAUUCUACGACUUAUCUCGACACCCUGCUGCUCAGGAUGAGCUUCAUCGAGAACUUGUUAUCCAUCCCGUUCUACUUUGAUCAGAACCAAAACAGUUCUGGCCUGCCACCUCCAGGAGAUCUACAGCGUCUACCAUUUCUAAAUGCAGUUAUCCGCGAGAGUCUCAGGCUACGCAAUAGCCCUCCUAGUAUAGAUCCUUGA